AUGUCUGAGGACGACAUGGACCUCGCCGCCCAGGACGCCCAAGGCGCCGGCCGCGUCGAUCGCGACCGCCGAGCGCCGCGCUUCAGCUGGACGCCCGCCUACGAGGCCACCUUCUUCCGCAGUCUGUGCGAGAGCGUCCAGCUGGGCAUGCGGGAGAACAGCAGCUUCAAGGCCGAGGCGUGGGAACGCGCGAUGCAGGCCUUGCAAGAGCACCACGGCGCUUACCCGGCCAAGAGCCAUCUGAUCAACAAGAGCGAUAACGCUCGGAAACGCUUCCGCUUAUGGCGCGGCCUGCGAGAGGACCCGGAUUUCGUUUAUAACCCCGUGACGAGGACGGUGACGGCCACCGAGGAAGCUUGGAGAGCGCACAUCGAACGGGAGCCGCUGUCGCGAGCCUUGAGGGGGAGGCCCUUUGACCAUGAAGAAUACAUGGAGGUGCUGUAUCCGGACGUGGUUGGGUCAGGAGGGGCGCCAAAGAGGAUCAUGAAGCCACGACGAAAGACGGACGGUCAGCCUUGCGACGAAACGGAGAUGCCGGGGACGGGCGUGCUGAAUCUGCAAACCGAGCCGACGCUCCUGGUGCAAGAGCCCUCAGAGGGGCCGAGCCAACAGCCACCGCAGCCGCAGCCACCUCCGCACAAGGGCUCCCUGACUCAAGCAUCGACGGCGUCUUCGUCCGCAGCAGGCGUCCAGCCACGACCAACGACAGCACCCUCGAUACCUCGCAACCUCACUACUGGACAAGGCUCGGCUCUGACGCCCCCCGAAGAGUCGAUCCCCCAGAGCCGGAAGAGACCAUCCCCCAUGGGACGACAGUCUUCCGGUGACCUUGCUCAGUCAACAUCUGCCCCUGUCCUCGGACAAUCAGCUCUGCCGACCUCGCCGGAAAAGCGCCGCCGACUGUCGUCUCGAGAUGAAUCCAACGCCAGUAUAAGCACACCCACUCCUUUGCUGGGCUCUUCUGCUCUGUCAAGGCCCGCCCUCGAAGCUCGGUCCCGCUCCGAACCCCAAAACGCCGGGCUGCCAUCGAUAUUAGAGGAACUGUCAAAGACAAGCAGGGCUCGGAUGUGGAGAGAGGAGGCUGUCGACAUAUUGUUUCAGGAUUUCGCAAACGAGGACGCAGACCUGCAGAUCAAAAUAUCAGAGAGCAUUUUGAGCGACGAGCACAAGGCCAUGGUGUUUUGCAAGAUGCCUCCGCAGCUGAGGCAGCACUGGGUCAAAAAGCAUCGCGGCCUCGCAUGA